CUCCUAUAAUUUAGUAAAAAUCCCUUCCUUUCAAGGACAUCAAACCAAUUAUUCCAAGUAUAAAUAUCACCCAUGUAGACAACUUGCACCAACAAAUUAUAAGGUGAGUCAAGAAAAAAGGCAAAAGAGGAAAGAACAAAAAGAUGGCACAAGAAGAAAUGAGAAAAGGACCAUGGACAGAACAAGAGGAUCUUCAAUUGGCAUUUUAUGUGAACUUAUUUGGCGAUCGACGAUGGGAUUUCUUGGCCAAAGUUUCAGGUUUUUAAGGUUGGAGGGAGACAUAUAAAUUAGGUUUGAGAAGAACAGGAAAAAGUUGUAGAUUACGUUGGGUGAAUUACUUGCAUCCUGGUCUUAAACGAGGAAAGAUGACUCCUCAAGAAGAACGCCUUAUUCUUGAACUCCACUCCAAAUGGGGAAAUAGAUGGUCAAGAAUUGCAAUAAAAUUAUCAGGAAGAACUGACAAUGAAAUCAAGAAUUACUGGAGAACCUAUACGAGGAAAAAGGCUCAUGAUGAGAGGAAAAAUAACGCUUCUAUUUUUUCUCCAUCUUCGUCCUUCUCCAACUCUUCAUCUUUCUCAUCUAACAGUCCUAAUGUAGAUUUCACGCCCAUUAAGAAAAAUAAUGAAAGGAACUUCUACGAUACGGGAGGACUUGAGAAAAAGAAUGAUGGUGACAAAAUGGUGUACUCCAUGGAUCAAAUAUGGAAAGAUAUUGAAUUAUCAGAAGAAACUGAAACAAUGAAUAAUAUUAAACCAAUUAUGCCAUCACCUAUAUGGAAUUAUUGCCCAAACACACUAUGGAUGACUAAUGAAGAAGAAACUAAAAUGUUUCCUCAAUUUUACCAAGAUAACACAUUUUUUGCCGGCUAACAAAGGGUUAGUUACUAUAUAUAUAUUUUUGAAGGGGUUAAAUCAUAUACGCUGACAAUUUAAAGAUUUUUUACAUACAGGUUUAAUUUAACCAACUAUAACAGGUUAUUACUUGAUGUUUUACUUGUUACAGUUAGAUUAAAUUUACCUGAUAGUGUAAAAUACUCUUUAUAUUAUCAAUGAAUAUGACUUAAAUCCUCAUAUGUGGAGGUAAAUUUGUUUUAGAGUUGGUGUAGGGUUUAUGAGUAAAGUUUUAAUUAGCUCUGACUUUGUGAAUAGAAAUGGUAAAAAUUUCUAAAUAAGAAGGCAGUCUAUGUUAAGAUAUGUUGUGUUUAUUGGAAGCCACAUAUUUUGUAUCAUCUAAUGCUAUGUUAAUUAGAGUUUAUAUUUAGUAA